UUUUUUGGUUGUUAUUUGGGCGUGUAAAAAUUGAACUAGAAAGUCCUAAAGAGGCACAAAAGAUACAGAUUUUCAAAUAAGUUUAUAACAAAAGUGGUAGUUUCUUAUCAACUACGUCGUUCUACACUGGGAACUUCUGAAAAUGUCUAAAGUGAGAAAAAUCAUUGAUGAGGCUAAAGAAUCUAAAAAUCCCGAGUUGGAUCUGGUGGACAAGGGUAUAUCGUCUUUUGAUGAAAUACCAGGCCUUCUUACCAUGCUCAACUUGACUCGAAUUACGUUGACUCACAACCGUAUCUCAGUAGUCACUCCAGCAUUAGCAAAUCUGACAAACCUUGAAAUCCUGAACUUGUUUAAUAAUCAAGUUGAAGAACUUCCAACAUCCUUAUCUUCAAUGCCCAAACUUAGGAUUUUAAAUCUAGGUAUGAACAAGCUGAGUGUUCUUCCUCGAGGCUUUGGAGCAUUUCCUGUCCUAGAAGUUCUGGACUUGACCUAUAACAACUUGAGUGAAAAAAGUUUACCUGGCAAUUUUUUUAUGAUUGAAACGUUAAGAGCUCUAUAUUUGGGUGAUAAUGAUUUUGAAAGCAUCCCACCGGAAAUCAGCAACCUAAAAAACUUGCAAAUUCUUGUGCUACGAGAUAAUGAUAUAGUCGAGCUCCCUAAAGAGAUUGGUGAACUAACCAGGUUGAGAGAACUGCAUAUUCAGGGAAAUCGCUUGUCUGUUUUACCACCAGAACUAGGUAACUUGGACCUCACCAGUAACAAAUCAGUUAUUAGAAUGGAAAACAAUCCAUGGGUUGCACCAAUUGCAGAUCAACUGCAAGUCGGCAUUUCCCAUGUCGUUGAUUAUCUCCGAUCGGAAACGUACAAAUUCGUCCACGGUCGGCACGCAGUGACUCAAGCCCCGAAUCGUGUUUCGGAAAAGCGAGACCGAAGCGUCUCAAACGCUUAAGUACAAGAAAAACGUCUUGUUGAAGUGUCUACGGACGUCACGUUUCGGCCAACGCUCCUGCGCCACCCCGACUCAGCGAAAGAACAAAGAAGAGCUCGAAACCCAAACCCUAACCCUAGCUUUUAGCUUAAAGCAUUAUCGCUUCAAGGACGUGUUUCAUCAGUCGCCAAUUCUCUUUUUGCAAUCCGAAUUUCUAUUUCCCGUCGGCAUAAUCAAACAAAUAAUCUUCAUUUCUUCACCUUGUUAUUUGUAAUGUGCCAAUGGCCUUCCAUUCUUUAAAUGGUAUCCGCCUUAUCGUGUCAUUUGUUUUUUACAAGUUCGCUAACGUUGUCUUCCACUUUUACGCAUUUCCCAUCUGUUUCCUUCAUAACCGCGCGAAUUUAUUGAAUAAUCUUGUGUUAGAUGAAGAAUGCGCCCUAAUAAAUAGUUUAUUAAAGUAAACAUAAAAAAAAGCAAUCAAUCAGCCAAACUAUCCAGUUUUUAACAACACAAA